AUGGCUUACUGCGCGGUAUACCUGAACCGUAUAUCCCGGGAGAAAAAUUGUCCCGAAAAACCGGAGGACCCCCUGAUCCUGGAGAAGGAGAUACCCCACGACGCCCGGUUCACUUACGUCGACUUCGUGCCCUCCGUCCACCAAUUCUCCGGCAAUAGCCAAGUGGAGUACCACUCGUUUCGCUUUCUGGUCGAUACGUGUAACGCGUGGCUCAAACGUAACCCAAUCUGGGAGGUCAUCAACUGCGAGACUGUGAAACUGUCGUACCGGCACAACCUGACCACCAUGGUCAGUCGGUGGGAGGUGCAAACAAAUCCGGCCACCAAUCCAUGGGUCACGCCUACCAGGGGCGAUUUCGAGACCUCGCUCAAAGUGUUAAGGGUUUGGAUCAAACGGCGCGAAGAGAUACGCGUGAAGGACCCUGAGUCGGACGUACCGGUGCUCAACUACAUGGACUUCGAGCCCCUCCGGAAAGAGGGCAACUUCGAGAACCUGGACGACGUGGUCGCCCGGAUUAACGCCAAGAUCCGCGCCCAGGGGUUCGACGGCCGACGGCUAAUCACCAUCGAGUCGCUCAACGUCGAGGCCAAUGCCGACUGGAAAAUAGACCCCGAGCUCAGCGUGGUCGAGGAGUCGUCCAGGCACGUGACCAUUAUCAGGCUCUUUUACGAGCAAGGUGAUUGCCUGGAGGAGGAGAUAGGCAUCGCCGACUUCACGCCCCAUCACCUGUCGGGCGGAAGUCUGUUCAAAAGGCCGCACUUCGAGCAGUUCUCGUCGAUUAUCGAUAGGGCCUCCCAGUGGUUGUCCGACAAUCCGGAGAUUAAUUUCCUCAACGCACAGUCCAUUGACAUUAAACUCAAAUCGCGCGUAUUAGCUAAUAUUGUAUCGUGUCACUUCGCCACGCACGCAAACACAGUGACCAAGGUGGACACGAGGGCCUGUUCGCACACGGAGCAUGGCGACUACGUGCACAUACUCCGGGUGGCCUACACCAAGCCGUUCGAGCCGGAAGUGGAGCACACGGGCGGACCGCCCCCGCCCGCACCCAUAUACCUGUCGUCCAAAGUGUUUCUGGUGACCAAAAACGACGUGUUGGACGACAUUCAUCACCGGAUUAAUAACUGGAUCAAAGAGGCCUCGCAGGUGGAGGAGCGGUUCAAGUCGCGCCUCCUGUCGGCCGAGACGGUGGAGGUGUUCGCCAAAGACGAGCACAAUCUGGAGAAGGCGUUGGAGCAGACGUUUCAAUGCAAUCGCUUGGGAUCCAUGAAUACGUUCGCCUUCAGCGCCAUUCGUGUCUACUUUGACGUCGGUUUCUACGGCCGCCAGAACCGGAGUAUGUCUACGAUGCCCGCCAUCAACACCGGCACUACGUCAGGGGGUGGCGCCACCGGCGGAUUGGCGUUCGCGCCCAUAGGCGGCGCUGAUGACAGCCCCACGAGUCCGAAGCCCGACUUCCGGAGUCGGUCCACGUCGUGCGCCUGUAUGUGA